GGCUGUGAAUAAAUGGCGGGGAGCUGGGAGCGGCGAUAUGCUGCGCUCUCCCGGGGGCUCGGACAGGUCUCGGCUGCCGCUCGGGUCCCGGCUUCCUCGUCCUUUCGGCCGUGUGCCGUGGGGCUGACCACGGAAAGGGAGAGCCUGCUCUCCGACUCCGCCACCUUCUGCUCGCCUCCGAGGCUGCCCGGCCUCCGACGCGAGCCAGGGGACACUUCGCUCCACUCUCUGGCUUGGACACUUUCUCACAAUGGAGUUCCCUGAUUUGGGGAAGCAUUGUUCAGAAAAAACUUGCAAUCAGCUAGAUUUUCUUCCGUUAAAAUGUGACGCAUGUAAACAGGAUUUCUGUAAAGAUCAUUUUACCUAUACUGCGCAUAAAUGUCCCUAUGCAUUCAAGAAGGAUGUUCAGGUGCCAGUAUGUCCACUUUGUAACAACCCAAUCCCGAUCAAAAAGGGACAGAUCCCAGAUGUGGUGGUUGGUGAGCACAUCGAUCGAGAUUGUAAAUCUCACCCUGGGAGGAGAGAGAAGAUUUUUACGUACCGCUGCUCAAAGGAGGGAUGCAGGAGGAAAGAGAUGCUGCGGGUGGCCUGCGACCAGUGUCAUGGCAAUUUCUGUAUCCAGCAUAGACAUCCUCUGGACCACAGCUGCACACGGGGGAGCCGCCCCAUCACCGCGGCCGGGUGUUCCGCUGCGGGAGCCUCUGGGUCCAAGCCGUCGGCCGCUUUACACGCCCUGUCUUCCAGCUGGCUCGCCCAGCGAUUCAGGUGGAAAGUAAAGAGAUGACACGACUGUUCAAACUGGCCCGUUGGCUUAUUUUUGUGUCUGGUUUUAACUUUGUGGAUGACUCUGCUGCUGUGGCACUUUCACACUUUUCACGGCAAAUAGUCUGCAACUUUAUGAAACUUUUCCAAUAAAAUGCACCAAUUCCGACAACCGAAAGGUUACUACUGUCCUAAGGGAGGCAACGCUACUGUGACAGCCUCCUUCCCCCGAAAUUAAAGUGACUUAAAGGACAACGGACUGAGUGUGCCACGUCGGAGGGCGGCUCUGUCCUAGGCUCAGGCGGGGGGACUUGGUCUUCCAGAAGCUUUCGUCACUUAAAUAGCUGAUGGUACUGUCUUCAUCAUGUGGCUUCUGUAGUGAUUGGCCGUCUGAGCCCAGAAAGGGGGUAGGACCGAGGCCUACCUUGUUAAGGGUCCUUGUCCAGAGGCGGCCCCCAGCCCACCACUACGAUCCCAGAGAACAGCCCUGUGACCAUGCUGACUCCACGCAGGACUCUUACCCUCCAAGCAUGACGGCCUCGGUGCCUGUGGACAGAGCUCUCCUCCCCAGGGACUGUGGGUCUUAGGAGACGGGGUGAGACAGAACGCCAUCGAUCUUAGCCCACUGGUCAUCCAGCUGUCCAUUCCAGCCGUCCCAUUGCGCCUGGAUUAACAGGAACCCAAGCAAUUACUCUUUUUUCUGGUUUCACAGCCUCAAGAUAUAAUGGGGCUGGGGGCUUGUAUUCAGUUUCCAUUCUGCAGAUACGUGGUCAAAGCUAUUUCUGCGCUCUGUCUUCCUGAGUGGUCUUUGUUGUGGACAGUGGUUGUCACGCUCCUGCGUGUGCCAGAAGCCCCCGAGGACUCGUCAGAACGGCACUGGGUCCACCCAGAGGUUCUCAGUCAGUGGGUGUGGGCUGGACCCUGAGAGUCCGCACUUCCUGCAGGUUCCCAGGUGAUGCUGAUGCCGCUGGCCUGGGGACCACGCCUGGACAAACCGUUUUUUCUGCACCUCUGCUGUCCAGUACGGCAGUCUGUAGCCGUGUGUGUUACGGAGCACAUGAAAUGUGGUCAGUGUAACUGUGGAGCCGAAUUUUUAGUUUAAUUUAUUGAGGUUUAAAAGCUAUUAACUUGAUUUAGUUACUACAAAACUUUUAAGUGUGUUAGGAACUUGGGUAUGUGAAUCCAUGUUUUCAUCUGUAAAUUUUAUGAACUUAAAAUACAGAUCAGGUCUUCGUAGUGAAAAUUUAGUGUCCAGAUUGAGAAACUGAACCACACUGGACUUUGAAGACAAUACCAAAAAAAAAGUAAAAUAUUUGAUUGUUAAAAAUAUUGUUUACAUGUUGAAAUGAUACUAUUUUGGAUAUGAUGGAUUAAAUAAAACAUUAAAUUUUA